AUGACCGACGUACAAGUCGACGCGACCGCCUUCUUUGAGCGCCUGCAAUCGCUCUACAAUGCAUGGAAAGCGGACAAGAGAGCAGGGUCUGGGAAUGAGGCCUUUGGUGGCGCGGAUACAAUUAUUGUCUUGACAGGCAAGGCGGCUGAUGAGACGGUGUAUGUCAAGAACAACGCAAUCCAUUUUUGGCUGCUUGGUUAUGAAUUCCCUGCCACUUUGAUGGUAUUUACUACUGCUGUCCUCUACGUCGUCACCACAGAGAAGAAGGCAAAGCACCUGGCAAACCUCAAAGAUGGCAAGAUCCCUGUCGAAAUCCUCACUGUGCAUGUGAAGCAAUCAGAGACUCGGACACAAGCCUUCCAAAAAUGCAUCGACGUCAUCCAAGGCGCUGGCAAGAAAGUAGGCAUCAUUCCAAAGGCUGAAGCGCAUGGUCCUUUCGUCGAUGAAUGGGUCAAGAUGUAUGGCGAAAUCUCCAAAAACAUAGAAGAAGUCGACGUUUCCGGUGCCUUUUCCACUGCCUUUGCUGUCAAGGACGAGAAUGAGCUGAGAGCCAUGCGAACCGCAGCCCGGGCCGCCAGCGGCAUGAUUUCCGAUUACUGGGUUGAUGAGAUGUCGACGGUCUUGGACCAGGAGAAGAAAAUCACACACCGUCAGCUUUGUGACAAAAUGUCGAAAAAGAUUGACGACACCAGAUUCUUCAGCAAGGUUUCGAAACUGCCCAGCGAUUUUGACAACCAGCAGCUGGACUGGGCAUAUGGUCCUAUCGUACAGAGCGGUGGGCAAUACGAUCUCCGGCUAAGUGCUCAGCCGAAUGACGAUGACCUCCAUUCUGGCUGCAUUAUGGCAGGUGUGGGCUUCAGGUAUAAGACCUACUGCUCUUUGGUGGCACGAACAUACUUGAUCGACCCGAGCAAAUCCCAGACAUCGAACUACAAGCUGCUUCUCGCCGCACAUGAUGCGGCUUUGAAGGCGAUUAAAGAGGGUGCACUGCCCAAGGAUAUCUACAACGCCGCUCUGGGUGUGAUCAAAGCCCGCAAGCCCGAUCUCGAGAAGCACUUCGGCAAGGAUGUGGGCGCCGCUAUUGGGAUCGAGGUCAGAGAUUCCAAAUAUGUGCUGAAUGGCAAGAACACCAAACCUCUCAAGGAUGGUAUGACAUUCAGCGUUAUAACGAGUCUUGUCGAUCUCACCAACGACAAGCCGCAAGACAAGCGAGGCACCAACUACAGUCUUGUUCUCUGCGAUACCGUCCGAGUCACUCGAAACGCCGAACCGGUCGUUUUUACUAAAGAUGCCAACACGGACCUGGACUCGAUCGAAUUCUACUUCAAGGACGAUGAAGAAGAGGCGAAGCCGAAGCAGGAGAAACCCAAGAAGCCAGGUGCUAGUGCGAUAGUCACGUCCAACAUCAAGGCGACACGUCUCCGAGGGGCCAAUCGCCAAGACAAUGCCAAAGAGGAAGAAGAGCAACGACGGCGAGAACACCAGAAAGAAUUGGCGCAGAAGAAACAGCGUGAGGGCUUGGAAAAAUAUGCCGAAGCAAUGGGCGACAUGAAUGGCGAGAACGAGAAGAAGUUCAAGAAAUUCGAGUCGUACAAGCGCGAUGGUCAGCUUCCUCCGCGAGCGAAAGACUUGGUAGUGUGUGUGGAUCUCAAGGCUUCGACGGUGAUUCUGCCAAUCAUGGGGAGACCGGUGCCAAUCCACAUUAACGCCAUCAAGAACGUCAGCAAGUCCGACGAAGGGGAGUACACACACUUGCGAUUCAACUUCUUGUCCCCUGGUCAAGGUGUCGGGCGCAAAGACGAUCAGCCUUUCGAGGAUCCUCAGGCACAUUUUGUCAGAUCUUUGACAUUUCGAUCCAAAGAUCAAGAUCGUCUAUCAGAGGUUUCGGCACAAAUCACCGAACUGCGCAAGGCGGCCGUCCGUCGCGAACAGGAGAAGAAGGAGAUGGAAGACGUGGUGGAGCAGGACAAGCUGAUUGAAAUUCGCAAUCGCCGCCCCGUCAAGCUUCCCGAUGUCUAUCUUCGACCUGCUCAAGACGGCAAGCGCAUCCCUGGCGAAGUCGAGAUCCAUCAGAACGGUCUCCGGUAUCAGUCGCCUCUCCGCAACGAGCAUGUCGAUGUGGUCUUCUCCAACGUCAAGCACUUGUUCUUCCAGCCUUGCGUGGGUGAGCUGAUUGUUAUCAUCCACGUCCAUCUCAAGAACCCCAUCAUGGUGGGUAAGCGCAAGACCAAAGACGUGCAAUUCUACCGUGAAGCCACCGACAUGGCCUUUGACGAAACGGGCAAUCGAAAGCGUAAGCACCGCUACGGCGACGAAGAAGAGUUCGAACAAGAACAAGAAGAACGAAGACGGAGAGCUGAGCUCGACCGGCUGUUCAAAAGUUUUGCCGAGAAGAUCUCGGACCAGGCACGGGAUUUCAACGUCACAGUUGACAUUCCGUUUCGAGAGCUCAGUUUCAACGGUGUCCCGAACCGGAGCAAUGUGCUUAUGGCGCCAACGACCGACGCGCUUGUGCAACUGACAGAGCCGCCUUUCACGGUGAUUACCCUAGAAGAGAUCGAGGUUGCACACUUGGAAAGAAUACAGUUCGGUCUGAAGAACUUCGAUCUGGUCUUUGUGUACAAAGACUUCCACCGCCCUCCUACCCACGUCAACACUAUUCCGGUGGAGUCCCUCGACAGAGUCAAGGAAUGGCUUGACAGUGUGGACAUUGCUUACACCGAAGGCCCACUUAACCUCAACUGGUCAACCAUCAUGAAGACCGUCACCACAGAUCCCCACCAAUUCUUCAAGGACGGAGGUUGGAGUUUCCUAGGCACUGAAUCCGACGAUGAAGAUCAAGAAGAGUCUGAGGAGGAGAGUGCCUUUGAGAUGAGCGAUAGUGAAUUGGCGGCCAGCGAGUCUGAAAGUGAUGACGAAAGCGACUUUGAUGAUGAUGCGAGUGCGAGCGAGGAUGAGGGCGAGGACGAGAGCGGGUUGAGUGACGAAGGGGAGGAUUGGGAUGAGAUGGAGAAGAAGGCCAAGAAGCAGGAUAGGGCGGGAGGGUUGGAGGAUGAGGAUAAGGGAGGCAAGAAGCGGAAGAGAUGA